CUCUCCGCCUGACAGCACCGCUCUCUUGCGGACUCGCUUCUCCUAGGUGAUCCAUUUCUAGGCAACGUGGGGCUGCAGCGGAGCUUGCCAGGCUGCUGUUGGCUUCCCGCAUCCCGCCAGGCGAGCGGCUCCGGAGCAUCCUGCAGCCGCGGCUCCGCGCGCCGGCCUGGCCCGCUGCUCGCUCCCGCCGGACUCCCCCGCCACCGCGCCCGCCGCGCCAGCUCCGGGGCCCGCCUCGCGCCGAAGGAGAGUCUUCUCUGCAUUACUAGCUGCAUUACCUUCAAGUUCACUUUUGCCACCCCUCCCGGAGCGGACCUCCCCCUCCCCGCUGGAAUCUGGCGACUCCGCUCGUAUCUUCCUCCUCGUCGGUGGCACUGAGAGCUGGCCGCGAGGCGCCACGACCGCGCACGGCCCCGGGUGGAGGGGCUCGGCGGCGGGGGAGGGCGCGGGCACAUCCGGCGCGGGGGUGCCCAAGUUGCGGCGGAGCUGGGACCCGCCACCGCGGCCCCCGCGCGGCCACGGCCACCGUCUGAGCGCCAGCCUCGCCCCCUGUCCGAGAGCAGCCAAGGCUGGAUACAUUUUUUUAAAAGACCAACUGCAAACAACUCUGGCAAUGCCAAAAUUCCCCUCCGAGUGACAGGGCUUGGGAGGAGGCUGCCUCUGGCUGUGCUAGCUCUCGGGUCGCCUGUGCCUCUUCUGCGACUAGAAAAGAUUGUGCUGUAAAGAGGGAUUUGGAAAUUAGGGGGAAAGCGGCACUCAACUCUAUCGUGACCUCAAACUCUGUGGACCGCUUAAGAGAAUAUCUACAUAUUGGAAGCAAAGUCGUGGUCAAGGAGGAUCAGCAUCGGAGGAUGGAAGUUUUCCCCUUGCUCUUGUUUCUGUCCUUCUGGUGGUCUCGAACCUGGGACCUGGCGACCGCCGAUUCCAUCAUCCACAUCGGAGCAAUUUUUGAUGAAUCUGCUAAAAAAGAUGAUGAGGUAUUCCGCACAGCAGUUGGUGAUCUCAACCAGAAUGAGGAAAUCUUACAGACUGAGAAAAUCACAUUUUCUGUGACAUUUGUUGAUGGCAACAACCCUUUUCAAGCUGUUCAAGAAGCAUGUGAACUUAUGAACCAGGGCAUCUUGGCCUUGGUCAGCUCCAUUGGUUGCACAUCAGCUGGGUCCCUCCAAUCUUUGGCAGAUGCAAUGCACAUUCCCCACCUCUUCAUUCAGCGCUCAACAGCUGGAACCCCAAGAAGUGGCUGUGGCCUCACCCGGAGCAACAGAAAUGAUGACUAUACUCUUUCAGUUCGUCCACCUGUCUACUUGAAUGAAGUCAUCCUAAGAGUAGUCACAGAGUAUGCGUGGCAGAAAUUUAUUAUCUUCUAUGACAGUGAAUACGAUAUCCGUGGAAUCCAGGAAUUUUUGGACAAGGUAUCCCAGCAGGGAAUGGAUGUUGCCCUUCAAAAGGUGGAAAACAACAUCAACAAAAUGAUCACCACGCUCUUUGACACCAUGAGGAUAGAGGAGUUGAAUCGCUAUCGAGACACUCUUAGAAGAGCCAUCCUUGUCAUGAAUCCUGCCACAGCCAAAUCCUUCAUAAGUGAGGUGGUGGAGACUAAUCUGGUUGCUUUUGACUGUCACUGGAUCAUCAUAAAUGAGGAAAUAAAUGAUGUGGAUGUUCAGGAACUUGUCAGAAGGUCCAUUGGAAGGUUAACAAUUAUUCGGCAGACAUUUCCAGUCCCCCAGAAUAUAAGUCAGCGCUGUUUCCGUGGCAACCAUCGAAUUUCUUCAACACUGUGUGAUCCGAAGGAUCCCUUUGCACAGAAUAUGGAGAUCUCUAACCUUUACAUCUAUGACACGGUGCUUCUGCUUGCGAACGCCUUCCAUAAGAAGCUGGAGGACCGUAAGUGGCACAGCAUGGCAAGCUUGUCCUGUAUCAGGAAAAACUCCAAGCCCUGGCAAGGAGGGCGGUCCAUGCUGGAGACCAUCAAGAAGGGUGGAGUUAAUGGAUUGACUGGAGAUCUGGAAUUUGGAGAAAAUGGAGGUAACCCCAAUGUCCACUUUGAAAUCCUUGGAACCAACUAUGGAGAAGAACUUGGCAGGGGUGUCCGUAAACUUGGGUGCUGGAAUCCUGUCACAGGUCUGAAUGGAUCACUGACAGACAAAAAACUGGAGAACAACAUGCGGGGUGUGGUUCUACGCGUGGUGACUGUAUUGGAGGAACCUUUUGUAAUGGUCUCUGAAAAUGUCUUGGGAAAACCGAAGAAAUACCAGGGCUUCUCCAUUGAUGUUUUGGAUGCCCUAUCUAACUACCUGGGUUUUAACUAUGAAAUUUAUGUUGCACCGGAUCACAAAUAUGGAAGCCCACAAGAAGAUGGGACAUGGAAUGGACUAGUAGGAGAACUUGUUUUUAAGAGAGCUGACAUUGGGAUUUCAGCUUUAACCAUCACUCCAGACCGGGAGAAUGUUGUGGAUUUUACAACACGCUACAUGGACUACUCAGUGGGAGUCCUUCUUCGAAGGGCAGAAAAAACAGUGGAUAUGUUUGCCUGCCUUGCACCAUUCGAUCUAUCUCUGUGGGCUUGCAUUGCUGGCACAGUCCUUCUUGUGGGACUCUUGGUCUACCUCUUGAACUGGCUUAAUCCCCCACGAUUGCAAAUGGGAUCAAUGACAUCUACUACACUUUACAACUCCAUGUGGUUUGUGUAUGGGUCCUUUGUACAGCAAGGUGGGGAAGUCCCAUACACAACUCUGGCAACCCGAAUGAUGAUGGGGGCUUGGUGGUUAUUUGCUCUGAUUGUCAUCUCAUCUUAUACAGCAAACCUUGCCGCUUUCCUCACUAUCACCCGCAUUGAGAGCUCCAUCCAGUCUCUUCAGGAUCUGUCCAAGCAAACAGAUAUCCCUUAUGGCACCGUCUUGGACUCCGCAGUAUAUCAGCAUGUCCGCAUGAAGGGGCUGAAUCCUUUCGAGAGGGACAGCAUGUAUUCCCAGAUGUGGAGGAUGAUCAACCGAAGCAAUGGGUCAGAAAACAAUGUUCUGGAGUCCCAAGCAGGCAUUCAAAAGGUAAAAUAUGGAAACUAUGCUUUUGUAUGGGAUGCAGCUGUGUUGGAAUAUGUGGCUAUUAACGACCCCGACUGUUCCUUCUACACUGUUGGGAACACUGUUGCUGACCGGGGGUAUGGCAUUGCACUGCAGCAUGGCAGCCCCUACCGUGAUGUCUUUUCACAAAGGAUCCUGGAGCUGCAGCAGAGUGGCGACAUGGACAUUCUCAAGCACAAAUGGUGGCCUAAGAAUGGCCAAUGUGACCUGUACUCCUCAGUAGAUGCAAAGCAGAAGGGAGGAGCCCUGGACAUCAAGAGCCUGGCAGGCGUGUUCUGCAUCCUGGCCGCGGGGAUUGUGCUCUCCUGCCUCAUAGCCGUCCUCGAGACAUGGUGGAGCCGGAGGAAGGGCUCCCGGGUCCCGUCGAAAGAGGAUGACAAGGAAAUUGACCUGGAGCACCUCCAUAGACGUGUAAAUAGCUUGUGCACAGAUGACGACAGCCCCCAUAAACAGUUUUCCACCUCGUCAAUUGACUUGACCCCUCUGGACAUUGACACUUUGCCAACACGCCAAGCCCUGGAGCAGAUCAGUGAUUUCAGAAACACUCACAUCACCACCACCACCUUCAUCCCAGAGCAGAUCCAGACUCUUAGCCGCACACUCUCCGCAAAAGCUGCCUCUGGCUUCGCUUUCGGCAGUAUGCCUGAGCACCGAACUGGCCCUUUUAGGCACAGGGCCCCUAAUGGGGGCUUUUUCAGGAGUCCUAUCAAAACAAUGUCAUCUAUUCCUUAUCAGCCUACUCCCACUCUGGGGCUCAAUCUGGGCAAUGACCCCGACCGAGGCACGUCCAUAUGAUCAGCAGACAGCUCCGCCCAUCCUAGGACUCCCCCAAAGGAGCAACUGUAAUGUGGGACUAACAUGGAUGUGAUGUCUUAUUUAAAAGAAAUCAGGAUAAUUAGUAACAAUUCUAGUUCUUUCUCUCCCCUGCUCUGCUUUUUUUUUCCCCCUCUUUCUCCCUCUCUCUAUCACCCUCCAUUUUUUUCAUUACUCAACUUGUUCCCCAAGAAUAUAGUAUUCUAGGAUCCUAUUAGUCUGCUUUUCAUAUACUGUACUUCAAGUUUAGGGAAUGGGCACUGAGUCACUGAGAACACUUGCAGGGUUGACUUUGCAUACAGGGCUCCCAUGCACCCACCGUUCCUCUGUUUUGAAACUCUAAUUGCAAUAACUUCAG